AGGGAGACUCUAUUGAAGAUUUUUGCAAGGAAAAAAUGAAACCUAAGUUGCAGAAGGAGGAACCCAGUGAUCUAAAGGAAGAUGUUAAGUUAGAGGCAAAGCCUGCAGUUGCAGCUGUGAUGGAUGAGACCUUGGUUGAUGAAGCUGACCAGGCGACUACCAGAGUGGCUUAUCACGUAGAAGUACAAGGAGGCGAAACUACAGUGCUACCUGAUGUAGAAAUCUAUAAUGCAGAUGAAGAGAAAAUACACUCUGAAGAGUCAAAGCAUUUCUCACAAAUUGUACAUGCAAACCCAAGUGAUGAUGAUAAAACAGAACCCGAAAUUGAGGAAAAAAGAAUAUAUUCAUUCUGAUUCUCCACCUCCAUGAAAACAGAAGAUUCUACAAGAUAUUAUCAAAAUUCGGAACAGAAAUCACCUGCUGACUAUUUAAGAGCUCAAGUGUACAGUGAAAAACAACUUUAUAUCAUUGUGAUAGUGAUACUGGCAGUGUGUGUUGCACAUUAUUUUUCUGCACGCUAGGCCUGAGUGUGAAGAUACUGUUUCUGAGGAGAACAGACAUGCCAAAAGGAGAAUUACCAACUACAAUACCAACCAAAGGAACCCCAGCAAAGAAACCUCGUCAACCAAAGAGGUUUGGGCCCCCUAAAAAGGCUGGUUUUACAGCAGUCUCAACUUGCUCAAGACAGGCUGAUGACGGCGUUCACAUCAACAUUGAAGACUGCUGUCAGAUGACGCUGUGUGAAACGCCAUGUUAUACAACUGUCAAGAAAGAAGGAAGAGGUUAUACAGCAGCUAAAGAAGACAAGAAGAGUUUGCUUGAUAAUUACAACUUCUGAUAUGUGGCUAAGAAUACCUUAUGUAAGCGCCUUGUCAAUUAAAAUAGAGGACUGCAGGCGACCAAACAUGAAACACGACAAGAGUGGGUAUUGGUAUUUUUACACAUCAAGUCCAUAUUAUUAGCUCAUUCCUCCAUUCAGGUUUAAUUGUAUCAGUGGAAACAUUUCCGAAGAGUGCAAUAUAAUGGGAGUGUGGUAAUACUGUCAGAGGUAGGUGAAUCUUUUAAAGCUUAAAUUCAUUCAAGUUAUUCAUUAUUGGUCAUGUAAGCAAUAUUUCUUUUCUUGUGGACAGAAAAAACAAACAAUGGCCUUUACCAUUAUGAGAAACUGCAAAUUAAUGACUUGUUAAUGGGAAGUGUUCAGCCCCGUCCUAAUUUGCUUGUCAUUAAUGCCAUUGUCUAGAGAAUUAUAUUAUUAUCAAGCUGUAAAUUGGACUCAGUCAUGAGAUGUAUUAUAUACUCACUCUGUAAAUAUACUGUUACAAGUGGUCUAAGACAUAUUGUAUAU